CAAUCACAUUUUUUAUUCAUAUAAAGACUUUGAUAAUAAAAUAACUUAAAAUAUUUUCUGAAACCACAAGGCAAAUAGCUUUGUUAUUUGGCAUUUAACAUCAGAUAGUGGUCCUCAACAAAGUAAGGUCCAAUCAUGCUGCUGGUUUCAAAACUGGUCAUUCGCCAUGGUCCCAUUUUUAACUCGUCUGUUUUCGUAGAAAACCCGAGGUAUUUUCAUAGCCUGCUCGUCAUCGGGCGUCCGCCGUGAUAACACCUUAACAUUGGCUCUAAAAUCAAAGUGCUUCCACCUACAACUUUGAAACUUCAUAUGUAGAUGCACCUUGAUGAGUUCUACACGCCACACCCAUUUUUGGGUCACUAGGUCAAAGGUCAAGGUCACUGUGACCUCUAAAAAAAAAAAUAUUCUUACAAGCUUUCAUUUAUUCAAAACUGCAUCCGCAGCCGAGCGUUGGCACCCGUUAUGCGGUGCUCUUGUUUAUUUAAGAUACACAAAAAAUUCAUAAGUGUAAUGUUUGACAUGUACCAUCUUAAAGGGGUCCUCUGAAAAUUUUGAUCAAAUUGUGUUCUUCAGGGCAAAUCUGGUCACACCCUGUGUGUCAAAUACUUAAUAUACACUUUAUUAGCUUGGCCCUGUUGUUGAUUGUAAGUUUGCAUUAUUUAUUGUCUAUACAUUUGGUUUGGUUUUUGGACAUUAUGGUAUCAUCACUUACUUCAGAAAAGAUAAUAAUUAGAGUAAGUUAAUGUAACUUUAAAGUGGUUUUAAAGGUUUUAGAAAAAUUUAAACUCUAUGAAAACUUAAAAUGUAAAAUAGCAGUAUCCUGUUUGGGAAUUACAAGUAAAAAGGCAAAAAAUACACAUGUUCUUAUUUUAUGUAUGCUUAUGAUAUAUGUUUUUGUUUAAAUUGUUAAUUACAAAGAACAGUCUGAAGAUCACAGUUGCUAUUUCUAUUAUAUGUUUUAAAUUCUAACACGGAACGCGACUUGUUUUCUAUAGACAAAGAAGGAAAUCAAGUGUGGGUUAUUCUGCAAUAACUUAUGGGCGGAGCUUAAUGUUUCGGAAAUAGUUCCGAAUAAAUAAAGAAAAUAUGGCAGUAAAAUGCACAUGCUAAAACCCGCUCUAAAAGAAAUGUAAUAAAUGUAGCAUGUAUAUAAAUGUAAUGAAACAACAAAUUGCAUAUUUGGUGAUAAAUGGCAUAACCACGCCUACAAAGAAUGUUAAUUGUUAGGAAACGUAAUUCAGAAAACAUUUAUAGCAUGUCAGCUUUUCAGUAGCAUCAAUAAACUUGACGUCAUUAAGUUUCUAUGAUUCUACGAUUCAAUGAAAGUGACGUCAUUUGCAAAAUAUUUAUGAAUGAAAACAACGUCAUAUGUUUGUACAAUUCAAUGACGUCACUAAAUAGUGGACAUUUUACUAAGAAGGGCGGAGUAUUUAAAAAUAUAGUUCACGUCCUAAAGCUUGAACCAAAUCAAUCAGAAUCGUGUUAGAAUCGAAAUAAUAUUUUUUCUAUGAUGGUUUUGUUUUCGAAUAACCCACAGUAAGUUGUACAGAUGCGUGUUAUCAAAUCACUCGUGCUUCGCACUCGUGAUUUAAUUCCUACGCAUCUAUACUACUUACUGUGGGUUAUUCGACAACAAACCAUGAUAGAAAAAUAUUAUUUCUUAAAUAAAAAAUGUCAGUCAAAUUGACUAAGAGAGAGCCACUAUUUUGAUAUUUGGCAAUGAGGUUUUACAAGCCUAUAAAAUGUUUUAUUAAAAAAAAAUUAUCACAUGAAAAUGAAAGGCACACAUUUUCUUCCCAAGUUGAGAUCUAUUUAAUUUUAUCAUGUGUUCUGAGUAACUUCCAUCCAGGCCAUCCAGUAAAGCCUCCUAAUGCUUCCAAGCAGGACUAGGAUUCCGGCUCCAGUAGCAGUGAGUACUUAAAGCUUUAAGGUCCCAAGCCCUAAGAAAAGCAGAGGGGGGGAGAGCGGAUUCAAUUUAGCUGACAUCCACAAUGGAACUUAGUUAAGUGCUGCUGCAGAAUUAGAGGAAUAUGACAGAUUUCUCAAUGAAAUCUACCAGUAUGAAAAAAGACUACACAAGAAAGAACACCUGAAGCAAGAUGAAACCAAAGUAGACUGGCAGAACCCAGAUGUGGACAGCAAUGGCUUCAUUGACAUCAAGACCUUCAUGGACAGCAAGGCCUCCAUGGACAGCAAGGCCUCCGUGGACAGCAAGGCCUCCAUGGACAGAAAGGCCCCCAUGGACAGCAAGGCCUCUAUGGACAGCAAGGCCUCCAUGGACAGCAAGGCCUCCAUGGACAGCAAGGCCUCCAUGGACAGCAAGGCCUCCAUGGACAGCAAGGCCUCCAUGGACAGCAAGGCAGUGCAAGAAACAAACCUGGCAGAGGACGAACAAACACAGGCUGCACAUGGUACUGAUAUUGUAAAUGGCUGGUUCCCUGCUGGGACAAUGGUGGAGGUGAGUUCCCCCCGGGGACAGCAGCCUGUGCAUGCCAACCACUCGGCCCCCCUGCCACCCCAGAGACAAAGGCAGGACACCGUUAUACCCAAACAGGACUUUAUCUUUUUUGCUACUGUUACCGGAUGUAGUAUUGUUGGACUGGUGGGACUCAUCAUGGCUGGAGUUUGCUGGUACAAACUUCGUCGGCGUGUAAAGGCCGCCAGUGACGUUGACUACCCAGCGUACGGCGUGACUGGGCCCACCAAGGAGCGGCUGCCCUCCCCUGGGGACAGGAAGUUGGCACAGAGCGCACAGAUGUACCAUUACCAGCACCAGAAACAACAGAUGAUCGCCAUGGAAAAAGCCAAUGGUGAGAUGAAGCAUGACGCCUCAGAGGACGAGUCAGACGAGGAGAAUGAAGAGGGAGACUACACAGUGUAUGAAUGUCCGGGCCUUGCACCGACAGGGGAGAUGGAGGUGAGAAAUCCGCUGUUCACAGGCGACGCACAGACUCCGGUUAAUGGUGAGAGCCCGACAAUGAAGCACCUUGAACAAGACCAGCACGAUGAAUAGCAGUCCUGGCACAGACAGCAAGCCAUGCUCUUUGGAUUAGCUAAUAAAUAUUUCAUAGUCAUUUAAUACAAUAAUUCACAUUUGAUUAUAUAAAGAUUUUCUGCAACAAAAAUAACUUUGACAUUUUUACCUUGUUUUAAUGAACAGAAGAACUUUUUUGUUUAUCCUAUUUAAAGAAUUAAAUGUAGUUGCCCAUUAAUGGAACAAUGAUGUGUAAAACGGGUUGUUGAUAAAUGCCAAACAGAAAUCCACAGUUACGCCUGUGCAAUAGUGUGUGUUUUUUCAGUUGUAAAAAAUGAUUUAUUAUUUUGUAAUGAAUGUUUAUAGUAUAAAACAGACAUUCUCACAACAAUAACCAAUUUUUGAAAAUGUUUAAGAACAAAACUUUCAAUAAUUUGUACUGUCAAUCAAGGCUUGUUUAGCAUUUUUAAGUUUGUCUGGAAGUUCAUUUGAGUUGUGAUAAUAAGUUUGGAAGUAGUGUUUUCAAGUUGAAUGAACACAGAGUUAUUGAACGCAAGUGAGUUGUUUGUGUUCCCUACAUCUUACAAAAGCAAGGGCUUUGAAACACCUUCAUAGUGCUGUGUGAUGUCUGAACGUUCCUGGCCAAACUACAGCAGUGGCACCCACCUUUAUACCUAAUUUCUUCUUUACACAUUUAUUUUAAAUAUUUUAUUUUUAUCCGGUGUAUGUAUGUUAGUGAGAAAAUGUUGCUAGACCAAAGUAUGAUUGGCAGAGUGUAUUUCUUGUGUACAUCUCAUUGGUACUUUGAUUUCAAUAGUUAAAGGCACGCCUCUUACUGAAUGUGCUAAACAUUAUGAUACAUGUGACCAGAGCUCCAGAUUAUUUUUUAAGAUAAAGAGUAUUUGAAUCAUGACUUUUUUAGCUGAUGAGUAAAAUACAAAAUCAAAGACUUUUAAAAUACUCCUGCAAAAGUCUUUGAUUUUGUAUUUUAUAAAAAAAUUAUACAUGAACAUGCAGAAAACAUGUAAUAAUAAUAAAGAACAUCUACUCUUGUUUACUUAAACAUGCAUUUUGAAAUGGCUGUCAAAUAAUCCGAAUUUGGGCACUGUUGGUCCAACUGAUAAUUGCACAAAAUGCAUAUGCCAAUUUUUAUGAUGAUUUUUUUCACUCAUCAAAAGUAUAAUUCAUGCGUAUUUGGAAAUUGUCCAUGAGUAUUUUACGCAAAUACACAUCUUUUCUGGAUCUCUGCAUGUGACCACAAAUUGAUUUGUUGUUAUUGAUUGAAAUUUCACGUCUCAUUUGUAAUACCUUAUGAUUUAUAUUAAAAUGCAAUACCUUAUAUUUUCCAAAUGCUGUUAUCAUAACAAUUUAAGUACAAUGAUAGCAGAAAAAUACAUGAAAAUGAAUUGUUUUGGGCUGACUUGAGCACUUUAUGCUGCAGUUGAAAGUUUUUCAACAUAAAACUUCAACCAAACUUUUUUUGAAAGGAUAUCUCAGAGGAUUUCUACAAGCUGAAAUGUCAAAAGCCUCAUUUAUUAUACAAACAUCAUACAAAGCUGCUUAUAACAGAUUAGUCCCUUCUAUUCUCAAGUGAGCAACCUAGGGCAUUUUGCCCUCUUGUUUAAAUGAAGCAUUGGCUUGAGUAACAGUUUCAUUUACUUAAUUGGUAAUUGCAUAUAACAUGUUAUUUAUUUAAACAAUUGUAUAAUAAUAUUAGAGAUGUUAAAAUAAUGUAAAACUAUACUGUUAUGACAGACUACUGAUUUUAUUAUGGAUAUCUUUGUAAAAUUCUGGAGUUCUGGAUGAUAAGUGAACAACUUGUAAAUGAGAGUAUUUAUGCAUUGUCACUAUUUUCUAAUUUCAUUGCUGUUCAUAUAAGAUUAUUAUUUUUUGUUGCAUUAUAAAACAAAUAUGUUGUUUUCAAUUUUUUGUACAAGACAUUUUGCAUUUACAUAAAUUUGUUUGUUUUUUUAGCUCACCUGAUUGCUCAGGUGAGCUUUUGUGAUCGGUCUUUGUCCAUUGUAUGUCCGUUCGUCCGUCCGUCGUCCACAUUUGGUUUGUAAACACUUUAGAGGCCACAUUUCUUGUCUGAUCUUCAAGAAACUUGGUCAGAAGAUUUGUCCCAAUGAUAUCUCGAUUGAGUUUGAAACUUGGUCAUGCUGGGUCAAAAUCUAGGUCACUAGGUCAAAAAAAGGAAAAACCUUGUGAACACUGUAGAAGUCACAUUUCAUGCCCAAUCUUCAUGUAACUUUGUCAAAAUGUUUGUCUUAAUGAUAUGUUGGUUGAGUUCAAAAGUGGAUCCGGUCCGUUGAAAAACAUGGCCACCAGUGGGCAGGGCAGUUUUCCUUAUUUGGCUAUAGAGAAACCUUGUAAACACUCUAGAGGCCACAUUUCUUUUCCGAUCUCCAUGAAACUUGGUCAGAAGAUUUGUCCCAAUGAUUCCUCGAUUGAGUUUGAAACUGGGUCAUGCUGGGUCAAAAACUAGGUCACUAGGUCAAAAAAAAAGAAAAACUUUGUAAACACUGUAGAAGUCACAUUUCAUGCCCAAUCUUCAUGUAACUUUGUCAAAAUGUUUGUCUUAAUGAUAUGUUGGUUGAGUUCAAAAGUGGUUCUGGUCCGUUGAAAAACAUGGCUGCCAGUGGGCGGGGCAGUUUUCCUUAUUUGGCUAUAGAGAUACCUUGUAUACACUCUAGAGGCAACAUUUCUUGUCCAAUGUUCAUGAAACUUGGUCAGAAGAUUUGUCCCAAUGAUACCUCGAUCGAGUUCAAAACUAAGUCAUGCUGGGUCAAAAA